ACAAAGUACUACUAACUAACAACAAAAAGAGGAAAUUUUGGAACCAAAAAAAAAAAAAACUUACCUACAAUUUUUUUUUAAUGAAAAUCCCAAAUUAAUGAAAGAAAAAGGAAGUUUUGUAAAGAAAUUUGAAGAUUUGUAAUGUCAAUGCACUGAAAAUAAAAAAAAAUCUCCUCAUUAGAGAAAGAACCAAUAGUGGAUGAUCAAUCAAAUUUUCAAGGGGCAAAGGCCCAUCUUGAAAUGGGAUCAUCAGAUGAAAGAGCAGUACUUCAACUUGAGGAUGAGAAUCCUGUCAGAGUAGAGCAUUUUGAUAGAAAGGCAUCUUCUUUGGGCACUGCUCCUCAAAGAUCUUCUUAUGAUCUCGAGGCAGAUGAUGACAGUCAUAAAAGUAUAUUGUAUAGCAUACGAAGGAACAUUAAGAUUUUUUUUUUCUCCAACAAGUUAAACAUACUUGUACCUUGUGGCCCUUUAGCGAUACUUGUGGAUGAGUUAACUGAUCAACAUGGAUGGACAUUCAUACUUAGCUUGUUAGGCAUCAUUCCCCUUGCAGAGCGUUUAGGCAGCUGGCUUUUUUUACUGGACCGACAGUUAAAAACUUUUACAGUCGGAGGACUUCUAAAUGCGACUUUUGGAAACGCGACAGAGUUGAUAAUAUCAAUGUAUGCAUUGAAAAGUGGAAUGAUUCGUGUAGUGCAGCAGUCACUAUUAGGCUCAAUUCUGUCCAAUACUUUACUAGUGCUUGGAUGUGCAUUUUUUGGCGGUGGAAUUGUUCAUUCUAAUAAAGAGCAGCUUUUCGACAAGGGAACUGCAGGGAUGAAUUCAGGGUUGCUUUUAAUGGCAGUUAUGUGCUUGUUGUUCCCCGCUGUCCUCCAUGUUACACACACUGAAGUGCAUUUCGGGAAAUCAGAGUUGGCACUUUCCAGAUUUAGCAGCUGCAUUAUGCUUAUAGCGUAUGGCGCGUAUCUAUUUUUUCAGCUGACCAACCAAAAGAAUCUUUACAUGCCGAUGGCCGAGGAAGAGGAUCAUAUUGAUGGAAGUGCAGAUGAUGAAGAAACUCCGGAGAUAUCGAAAUGGUGGUCAAUCCUAUGGCUUUCUGUUAUGACACUAUGGAUAGCUGUCCUAUCAGAGUACCUUGUUAAUACCAUAGAAGGAGCAUCCGUUGCAAUGAAUAUUCCUGUAGCAUUUAUUAGUGUGGUAGUGCUUCCCAUUGUUGGAAACGCUGCGGAGCAUGCCGGAGCUGUCAUGUUUGCCUGCAAAGACAAGCUUGAUAUAUCUUUGGGAGUUGCAAUAGGUUCAUCAACACAGAUAGCCAUGUUUGGGAUCCCAUUCUGUGUUGUAGUCGGAUGGAUAAUAGGCUCACCGAUGAAUUUGGACUUCCAAAUGUUUGAAACAGCUACACUUUUUAUGACUGUCCUUGUAGUAGCUUUCAUGCUGCAGGACGGGACGUCUAAUUACUUUAAAGGGCUGAUGCUCCUUUUCUGCUAUCUGAUAGUUGCAGCAAGCUUCUUUGUACAUAUAGAUCCGGAGUCUAUACAGGACAAGCCACAAAAACAUAUAGGAUAAAUGAGUAAUUUGGUGCUAAAGCUGAAGGCCUAACAAAGACUUGCUUGAGAAGAAGAGUCCCCUUUGACAAUACUGAACAAUGAGUUUGAUAAAGAUUCAUCUAUCUUGUUAUAGCUCAAGGUUUAGUUUUCUCCUAAGUUGCGCAAGACUCUUCAUUUUGAUGCCACACCCGUGUCAGAUUCUUCAAAAAUAUACUAUUUUGGGGGAAUCCGACACAUACCUGAUGACAUUUUUUGAAGAGUCCGAGCAACAUUGGUUUUCUCUAUCCAAUUAAUCGAGCAGCUAGCUUCUUGCUUUCGCAGUUUUGAUAUGCCUACGUGAGUUAUUAGGCUCUAUAUAUAGUAUCAAGGAUGAUAAUUGUUAUGUUUUCUUUUUGCCUUAGAUAUGGCAGGAUGUAAGUAUUAUCAAAUUAGAUUGUAAGCAGAAUGUAAGGUUCAUUUUUCUAACAUUAUUAAAGCAGGAUGCAUUAUUUUUGUCA